AUGACCCUAGGAAAACAAACAAAAGCUUAUUUUGGGAAAAAGAAAACCAAUACAUUACCAAUACAAGGAGUCAGAUGCCAAAAAUGUUUGGAAUAUGGACACUGGUCAUAUGAAUGUAAAGGCAAGAGGAAAUAUGUGCACAGAUCUUCCAGAACUCAGCAGCUAAAAAAAAGGUUGAAAGCCAAGGAGGAAGGAACAGAACAAUCAGCCAAAAUAAAUGCAAAAGAAACAACACAAUAUAAUAAGAAGACAAAUACUGAAGACUCUGAUAGUAGUUCUGAUACAGACUCUUCUUCCAGCAGUGAUAGUGAAUCAAGUAGCACUGAUAGUAGCUCUAGUUCAUCAACUGAUUCUAGUUCAGAAAGUUCCAACUAA